CGUGUUGAUCCCCUCCUCAGCACUGCCACCAGUCAAUCCCCAGAAUGUCGCCUGGCCAUCUGGGAUAGGUAUCAUCGGGACGUGGGGCCAUGUUUGACCCUCCCGGUAAGGUACUCACCCAGACGCCUGAUGCAGCAGCAGCAGCAAGCAGCUUUAUUGUCAGCCCAAGGAAAGUUGAGGUCGCAUCAGCCUCGUUGCGCGCAUAUUUGAUCCAGUAUGAGAGGCUCGCCAUCGGCAAUGUUGAGUCACAAGGCAUUUAUUGCCUCUCAUCGAAGCAAGGUCUCCCUCAUCAACGGCACAUGCCCCAUGUUCGCAAACCAGGGCCGCGAGACUCAUCAUGAAUCACAGGGAGUGCCUGCCACGGUGGGCCGCUUUUCUGCGGGUCAUGUUUUCGACGGCCAGGCCGCCGUGGAUACGCCCCGAGAACCCAUUUCUGCGAACACUGAGGCGGCCGGCCAGCUGUCGGGGUCUUGGAGCAACCCGACAACCCGCCCCCACCAUCCGCCAUCAACGCCAUCCCGCAGCCCCGUCCACAAGCCUAAAGCGCUAACUUUUGAGCAACACCAUCGCACAUGGUAGGUAGUAAGGCAAGGGACGUAGGCAUGUAAGUAGGUAGCGCCAAGUGCAGCAGGUACCUACCCCAGUACUACCUAGUCUGUGCUACCUGACGUAUCAGUGCAGAUGUGCUUUGCUUGCUCUUGUCGCAGUGGCGGGCGCAAGUUGGUGACACGAGCAGUUGCCGUCGUCCCAACUUUCGGGAAAUGGAGGCGGCCGUCAGAGUGGAUUAUCAGGCUCCGCAGGAAAAAUUAUCGUCGUCGCAUCACGGUUGACUACCAUGUAUUUCGAGAUGCGAACAGGCGUAUUCGUAUCUUGGCUCGAUAACACAGCAAUAUACAGCCGUGA